GUCGCCCUGACUUGCAUGCACAUGUUUAUUUUGCGUUGAGUCUCGAAUGAUUAAGGUUGUGCGAUCUAGUUUGAUGGUAUUUUAGCCUAAAAUAUGAGUGAAUUGCAUUGCGAAAAAUAUAAUAUACUACCAUCGGAAGGUAAUAGAUCUCGAAAGAAAGUUAAAACGCCGUCUAAGCGGGAAAAUGCAAAACGCAACAGAUAUUCUGCAAAAUUAUUGCCAAAAUUUCCAAAAUGUGGGCAUGUAGGUAAGCCGUACCAGCCCUUUCAAUGUAUAUCACUGCUGACCAUGAGAGAUAUAAAAAUUUUUUAUGACUCAUUUUACAAAACAUCAGAGAAAAUCACCCAGGACAAUUUUAUAUUGAAGCACUGCAGCGUUACUGAUCCCAAAAGAUCAAGAAAACGAGAACAAGAAAAAAAUAAGCCGAAAUCUAUGUCAGUGAAAUACUAUGUGAAAAGAAGACAUGGGAUAAUGGUUAAUGUCUGCAGACAGAGUUUCAUGAACAUUCUGGGAGUGAAGAAAGACAGGAUUUUGAAUGUAGUAAAACGGUACAAGGAAAGCAAUGAAAUGCCCAAAGAACGACGUGGAGGUGAUCGGACAAAAGGUAAAAAUAACACAAAGCGAGCGGCUAUAAAAUCACUGAAGUGCAUAGAGUCUCAUUAUUGCCGAUCUAAGACAUUCAGUAGAGUUUAUUUGCCUGCAGAACUAAAUAUCAGGAAACUUUGGAGAAUGUUUAACAAUACCGUGGACAAAGAUCUUCAGGUUAAGGAGUCAUUUUUCAGAUACUUUUUCACCAGAAAAUACAAUGUUGGCUUUGGUACUCCUACAACUGACAUGUGUUCAACAUGCCUGCAGUUUCAAGACCAAAUAAAAAAGUCAUUAGAUAUCAACACAAAGAAUCGAUUAAUGGCUCAACAGCGAGCUCACAAAAUUCGAGCAAAGUGCUUCUAUGAGCUUUUGCAAGAAGUCCAUGCUGACAAUGAGGUUGUUACAUUCAGCUUUGAUUGUCAAAAAAACCUGGCUCUGCCAAAAAUCGCAGAUCAAGCAGCCUACUUCAGUAUGCAGCUAAACUUUUAUCACUUUGCAAUUGUACAGGGGACUUCUAAAGGAAAAAUAAGUCCAACUUCAGUCAAUUCCUAUGUAUGGACUGAACUAGAUCAUCAAAGGGGAUCCAAUGAAAUAGCAUCAGCAUUAUAUCAUACUCUCAGCACAUUUAAAUUUAGCGAAUCUACUAAAGUCGUUCGCCUUUUUUGUGAUGGUUGCGGUGCGCAAAAUAAGAACUCCAUCGUCAUUGGGAUGUUAUCCCAUUGGUUAUUAAAGUGCAAUACCCCCAACAUAGACAAAAUUGAAAUAUUUUUUCCGGUUGUGGGGUAUUCCUAUAUUCCACCAGAUAGGCUAUUUGGACAAAUUGAGAAGGUUAUUAAAAAGUCACCUGAAAUUACAAGUCCAGAACAAUACAUGAAAGUAAUAGAGAAGUGGGGAAGCAUCUACAAGUUGGGAGUUGAUGUUCCUGUACAGGACUGGAAGUCAAAAGUUCAGAUAGUUAUGAAACCAACAUCACAGUGGCAUUUCAAGUUGUAA